AUUUGUGUUUGUGUAAAUAAAAAUGCAAGAAAUUUAAGUGAUUCGUGGCAAAUAUUGAAAAGAUGGUCAUGACUGAUGUUCUCAAUGUGAUAUGGCGCAAAGAAUAGCGCAGACGUAACUGCUUAGAUCACAUUUAAGGAGACGAGCAUACUUAAACGUAACCUCAUGGUGUUAACUUGCGAAGAUGGCUUCAGUGAACUCCGAAGAUUUGCGGCGAAAGUUUCUAGUUGUGCAACAACAACGCUCAGCGCCACCCAACUUGGCAAGCGACAAUGUCGGUCCGGGUCAGGCUCAGUCCCAAGGGCAGAGUACACAUGUUAUGAUGAACAUAGGCUCUGGAGUCAGCGGCGAGCCAGAGCGUACAUAUAUCUUUCCGGGCACACAUCAAGUGAGCAAUGCAACAGGAGGUAGCGUCUCUAGUGGCCACGGCAUACCAGGCAUGGCUAUCAUAUCCACCACCCUUAAUCCAGCUGGCUCCAUACGUGGCGGACAUGCGCGUUCCGUCAGCCACGGAGGUGGUGCCAUUGUCGGUAUUGGUGGUAGGCCCAUUAAAUCAGCAUUAAAAGGCCACCAACGUGCUUUCUCCCAGGGCCAGAUAACGGAAUCACCCCCAGGUACGGGAAGCGCGUCUGCGGGUCGUGGUCACAGUCGUGUUGGUUCCAAGACGGAUUUCAUUCUACCGCCAGGGCAUAAAGAUGAGACCACACGAGAAUGUGAGUUUGCUCCAUCCGCCCCGACUUCAGGAACUAGUGGUCGCGGUCACUCUCGUCAGGCGUCCCGCUCUGAGUCCAUCUACACAUUGCGUCGCACUGAGGUCCCGCCUUGGUGGAAACGUCAUGGCCUGUGCAACUACAAUCCCAACGAGAAGUUUGAGGAGCGCAGCUACCGUGUAGUGGUGCCGAAUCACACAGUGCCACCAAAGACGCCCAAGCGGGAGCACCCCAAUGGCCACUUCGUGGGAAACAAAAUACGUACAACUAAAUACACUAUGCUCUCAUUCAUACCGAAAAAUCUUUUAGAACAAUUUCAUCGCGUUGCCAAUCUCUACUUUAUAUUUAUCGUGCUGCUAAAUUGGGUUCCGGCCAUUAAUGCAUUUGGAAAGGAGGUAGCAAUGAUACCGGUCCUUUUUGUUUUGGGAGUUACGGCUGUCAAGGAUUUAUUUGAAGAUCGGCGACGCAGAGCCUCCGAUAAACGUAUCAACAACACCACUUGUCGGGUUUAUGAUGGGGAAACUGAGCGAUAUAAGAAAAUUAAGUGGCAGGACUUGCGUGUCGGUGACAUUGUACAUUUGUCCAACAAUGAGACAGUUCCAGCAGACAUUUUGCUAUUGCGAACAAGCGACCCGCAUGGCGUUUGCUACAUUGACACCUGCGACUUGGAUGGCGAAACAAAUCUAAAACGCCGUGAGGUGGUACGUGGCUUUACCGAAAUGCAGAACAUAUUUUUCCCCAGCAAGUUUUUGAGUUUUGUGGAAGCGGAUGCGCCAACAACAAAACUGUAUAGAUUCCAUGGAGCCUUAAUACAUCCAACUGGAGAGCGCGUACCCAUAUCAACGGAGUGUCUUUUGCUAAGAGAGAGCAGACUAAAAAACACGGACUAUAUUGAGGGGAUCGUCGUCUAUGCAGGACAUGAAACGAAGUCAAUGCUUAAUAACAGUGGUCCGCGGUACAAGCGCUCCCAGGUAGAACAGCAAAUGAAUAUUGAUGUGAUAUGGUGUGUGAUAAUAUUGUUGAUACUUUGUGUAGUUGGGGCGAUCGGGUGCACAAUGUGGCUUCGCUCGUUUGUUAAUUUUCCGGUGCCGUACUUGCCGUUUGAAGUGAAUGCCGCGUACGAGGGCAUGCUGACCUUUUGGACAUAUAUUAUUAUACUGCAAGUUAUGAUACCACUAUCGCUGUAUGUGACCAUUGAGCUUUGCAAGAUACUGCAGGUGUUCCACAUACAUAACAACAUUGAUUUAUAUGAUGCGGACACCAAUAAGCAAACCGAGUGUCGUGCCAUGAACAUAACCGAGGAGCUGGGCCAAAUACAACAUAUUUUCUCAGACAAAACUGGAACGCUCACUGAAAAUAAGAUGCUCUUUCGUCGCUGUGUGAUCAAUGGUGUUGACUACAACCAUCCGCCUUCUGAGCUGGAGAAGCUCUACGCUAAACCAGGCGCUCCCGCACCACCAAUACUGCCAAACGAAAGUCUGUUGGAAGACAUGACUCAACUGGCUGGUGCGUAUCUAACAGCUCCCGCACAGUGCGUCCAGGAGUUUCUUGUCGUCAUGGCCAUUUGCAAUACUGUUAUUGUCAGUGCAACACCUCAUCGAGAUUUAAUGAAUGCUAGCGGUGUCAUUGAGCUCCAGCAAACAGCUGGCAGUCCGGCUUCGAGUUCCACACCAACACAUGAACCACGCGGCCAUAUUACUAAUACAACAGCAACUACUACAAGAUUUAAUAAUACUAGUAGUGCUGGGGUACCAUCUGCGGCUUUAACUAUGCCUGCGGAUCGGUAUGCUCGGCUCUCCGAGUCACGCUCAGUUACGCCUUCGCCACCCCCUAAUCUGCUGUUCGCAUUACCCGCGCAAAGUCACCAGCCAACGCUAUCGCCGAUCAGUAGCUCGCCAGAAUCGACACCGACUUCGGAGUCACCAUCCCCACCGCUGAAAAGCAAUGCUCUGUCUAACAACAUUUCGCCCACUGGUCGCGCAAAGGCCGUCAUCAACUCCAAAAUCACCAGUAUUACUACUUUCCUCAAUGCCAAAACGCAGGGAAAGCGUGUCAAGAUAAACCCAAACAAGACGCAAAAAAUAUAUAGAGCCGCUGACGGACGUCCUUUGUACGAGGCUGAAAGUCCAGAUGAGCUGGCUCUGGUUAAUGCCGCCUACAGUUAUGAGUGCUGUCUGCUUAAUCGCAGUCCAAAUCAUAUUCUAGUCAGCAUGCCUACUGCUGGAGCCACUGUAGAGUACGAGAUACUCAAGAUACUGCCCUUCGAUUCUAGUCGCAAGUGCAUGUCGAUAGUCGUACGGCAAACGGGCACUCAAGAGAUAGUUCUAUACACUAAGGGCGCGGAUAGCUCAAUUAUGCCCAUGCUGGCGCCUAGUGCUCCCAACAGCACCGAGGGCUUGCUGCGCGAACAGACACAACAGCAGCUCGACCGCUAUGCGAGAGAAGGCUUAAGAAUACUUGUGAUGGCGAAACGCACUUUGAACUCAAAGGAUUACACUGAUUGGUGGGCACGCCACCAAGAUAUCGAAAUGUCUGUGGAGAAUCGCGAACGCAGGCUUCGUGACUCAUUCGCCAAACUGGAAAGCAAUUUAACACUUCUUGGCGCUACGGGAAUUGAGGAUCGCCUGCAGGCUGGUGUACCCGAAACGGUAGCUUCGCUACUGUCAGCAGGAAUCUCUGUUUGGGUUCUUACUGGUGACAAGCCCGAGACCGCCAUAAACAUCGCCUAUUCGGCAAAACUCUUUACGCAGCAAAUGGAGCUGAUCAAGUUGAGCGCACGCUCUCGUGAUGCUGCUGAAACAGCUAUAAAUUUUUAUCUGGCUGACAUGAGGAACACGAAAGCGUCGUCUUCCUCAAGAGGUAAACCGCGAGCUUUGGUUGUGGAUGGCAAGACGUUAACCUUUAUAUUGGAUCCAAAGUCCAAAUUAAUAUUGCCCUUUUUGAAGCUUGCGAAAGGAUGCGCCUCGGUGCUCUGUUGUCGGUCCACACCACUGCAAAAAGCUUUUUUGGUUAAGGUUGUUAAGGAAGAGCUAAACUUGCGCACUUUGGCGAUCGGUGAUGGCGCAAAUGAUGUUUCCAUGAUACAAAUGGCCGACGUGGGCGUUGGCAUUUCCGGUCAGGAGGGUAUGCAAGCAGUAAUGGCAGCUGACUUUACGCUCUCGCGCUUUCGCUACUUAGAAAGGCUGCUUCUUUCGCAUGGUUACUGGUGCUAUGAUCGGCUGGCGCGCAUGAUUCUCUACUUCUUUUAUAAAAAUGCGGCUUUUGUGUUCCUUAUAUUUUGGUAUCAAUUGUACUGCGGAUUCUCUGGCUCUGUGAUGAUGGACCAAAUGUAUCUAAUGCUGUAUAAUUUAUUAUUCACCUCGCUACCACCGCUAGCCAUUGGUGUCUAUGAUAAUCGAGUGCCCGAGGACUUGCUAUUGAAAAAUCCAUAUCUUUAUAAAAAUGGUCGGCAGAGUCUUGUAUACAGGCCGCAUGAUUUUUGGCUAAUUCUGCUGGAUGCACUGUACCAAAGCCUAGUCAUUUUCUUUGUUGCCCUAUGCGCCUAUUCCGAAAGCGAUGUGGGAAUCUGGGAGUUCGGCACGACUAUAACGGCAUGUUGCUUGUUCGCCAACUUGGUGCACUGCGCUAUUGAAAUACGUUCAUGGACAAUUCUUCACGUGAUAUCAAUAGCGAUUAGCCUUGGCCUCUUCUACAUAUUUUCUGUUGUUUACGGGUCGCUGUGUGUUAACUGCUUCGGACUUCCAUCCACCUACUGGGUAAUAUUUAAAUGUUUUGCUUCCUCGGUGCACUGGUUUGUCAUAAUGCUAUCCACAGUGGUUGCAGUGCUGCCUCGACUACUCCUAACUACUUUGCGAAUCACUCUGUGCCCUGAUGAUAGCACAAAUGUUAUUCUACAAAACAGACGUGAGCGCAGCAGAGGUGAGGGUUUGUUAGUUACUUGGUCCCGCUCGACUUCAGCAUCAUCAAUUUAUAGAAUCACCGAUUAUGGGUCUAAGAAUCAGAUUAUAACAACAAUAACGUGAUCGAGCUUCAAGCUGUAAACUCAACACUACUCAACUCUAAGUCUAGUAAUUUCACAUGUGCUUUCGCUUAACAUUUGUGGCCUUUUUACACCAAUUAAUAUUAGAAUACAUAAGUCAUUUAGUUAAUUAGUAGCAAACUCCUAAGCCUAGAGUAUUUGAUCAGCAAUAAUAUAAAAUAUGUGUUUUUAAUUAGGAGUAGCUUGAAUAAGUUAUUGAUUAUUAAUUACGUAGCAUCAUUGUUAUAUCAUUAGUGUAUUACUAAUGAUGUUGCUGGGUUAGCUAAUGUUUUUUCGCCUUAUCUAUAGCUUCAAAUUAUUCUACAUAAUUCAUAUUUAUUUGUAAAUAGGUCGAAUUGAAAUGUAUGGAUUAGUUGUAGCAUAUUUAGUGCAUGGUGAAUGAACAUGUAUGUUAGUUCGUAAAAUGGCUGUGAUUCUACACUCAUCAGAAAAAAAUAACUAUAAGCUUAAUUUAAAACAUAACACAAUAUAUUUUACUUGUCAAGCCAACUAAUUUUUUUUCUCAAAACAAUAACAAUGACAAAUUUAGUAUUAAGUUAUUGCAAACUAUCUUAAUUCGAAAUAAACCAAUAAAUAUAUAUGUAUGUAAAUAUGUAUAAAAACCAGGGACCUUAAUCAUUCAUAAGUUCUUUUAUAAAAUUUACAUUUGGAUUUAUGUUUUCUUCAAUGACUAUUAUUAGUUUUGA